ACAAGACUAAGAUGGCGGUCCUCAUCAAGCGCGGCGAUUGCGACUUUGUGGUCAAGGCGCGCAACGCGCAGGCGGCUGGCGCGUCCGCCGCCCUCAUCUACGACCGGGUGUCGGGCCCCAUCCUGACGAUGAUUGCGGGCGACAACGACGCGAGCGACAUCCACAUUCCGUCCAUCAUCAUCACCAAGGAGAAAGGCACCGCGCUCGCCACGAGGCUCAAGAGGGAGAACUCCAACAACUCGCGACUGUACGCCACGCUCCGGCUGCCGCUCGAGCGCGACGUGGCGCUCUCGGCCGGCAUCCCGCUGCAGGGGCAUCUCGAGGCGCAGGGCUACGCGCUGCACCGGCUGACCGUCUCGCACGCGUCACGCAUCCUCAUCUCGGUGUCGGCCAGCUCCGCCACCGGCGACAUCGACCUCUACGUCUCGUCGGAUGGCACGCCGCCCACCACGACCCACUACGGCUGGGCGGCGAUGGCGCUCGGCGCCGACUUCCUCGAGCUGCGGCCCGACGAGGAGGGGUACGUCGGCGGCGAUGCCACGCCGGGCACAUACAUCAUCGGCGCCUACAACGCCGGCGGGGACGAGGCCACCUACACCAUCGUCGCCACCGUGGGGGGCACUCCCAUCCUCGCGCCGGCGGGCACGCCGCUCAACGGGCGCGCCGCGCUUGGCGAGCCGAUGCUCUACCGCUACUUGCACGCGCCCGGCAAGAACGCGUCGGCGCUGCAGAUGGCGGUCGCCGCCCUCUCGGGCAACCCCGACCUGUGCGUCUCGCGCAACGCGAGCGCGAUGGAGAAGCUGCCGCUCCUCUCUGGCGCGACCGACGUGGCUGCGCGCGAGGCGGCCGAGAAGGAGACCGAGGCGUUCCGCGCCGCCAUCGCGGAGCACUGCACCUGGCACCGCGAGCUCGACGGCUCCGACACGCUCACCGUGCGGCACGACGAGCCCGAGGGCGGGCCGGGCUGGUACUACGCCGCCGUCUUCACCGACGACGCCUCGGCCCAGUUCACCUUCACCGCGCGCGUGGUGGACGGCAAGGCGGUCCCGCUCGAGCCGAACCAGCCGGCCUCUGGCGGCGCGCCGACGGGCGGGUGGUCGUACUACGCGCUCAACUUGGGCGACGACUCGGACCACCCCGUCGAGGAGGUGAGCCUCGUCCUCACCGCCACGCUGGGCGAGCCGGACCUCUUCGUCUCGUUCGGCGAGAAGCUGCCCGGCCGAGCCGACGCGGAGCACGACGCGGCCAAAGUCGGCGGGCGAAGCGCGUACACCCUCACGCUGCCCGCCUCGGACCUCGGCACCGCGACGAGGCUGCUCAUCGGCGUCCAGGCCGAGGGCACGCCGUGCGCGUUCUCGCUGACAGCGACGGUGACGCGAAGGGCGGCCAAGGGCGAGGGCUCCGGCGGCUCCGGCGGCUCUGGCGGCUUCCCGCCGGCCUCCCCGCCGCCUCCGUCGCUGGAGCCGGUUCUUCGUCUGCUGCCGGCGACGCCAAUGGCAAUGGACGUGAGCGACGCCGGCGUCAAGAACUUUGAGUACGUGGUGCCCUCGCCGUCCACGGACCUCGAGCUCGUCGUCACGCCGCUCGGGGGCGAGUGGGAGUCCGACCGGCCGCCGCAGAGCCUGCUCCCUCCCAAGCUGCUCGCCGUCACCGGCGGCCCGAACGAGGGGCGCGCGACGCCCGCCCACCACGACUUUCCUCCCCAGCGCACCCUCUUCGAGAGCAGCACCGUGCGCGACGCCGGCGAGCGCAACGUCGACGCCCGCGGCUCGUGGACGUACAAGCUGGUGCAGUCCAGCAAGCGGUGCCGGGCGGCCCACGCCGACCUCGGCACCGCAAGCUCGGCGCAGGACUGCGCCGCAAAGUGCCGCGCGUCUGCGGACGGCUGCGCGUACUUCACGUACGGGCGCCGCGGUGGGAAGUGCCACGCCGAGCGCACAACCUCCUCCGCCUGCCCCGAGGGGCUCGAGCGGGCGGACCUCGAGCUGUACGCUCUCUUCCCGCCGUGGGACGAGGCAACCUCGCUCCGGAUCGCGGCGCAGGACGCGGCGCCCGCCUCGUGCGCCGCCGCCUCGGGGGGCGCGGGCUGCGUGCUGCACGCGGCGGUCAUCUGCGACGCGCCGCCAUGCCACUUCUCGGUCGUUGCCGCCCCGGCCGACCAGCCGAUCAAGCUGGUCGGCCAGGCGCAGCGGCGCGUGCGGCCUGCAAACGAGUGGGCCUACUUCUCCGUGCGCGUGGCAAAAGACGCGACGGACGUGGUCCUGACGAUGCGCGUGGAGAGCGGCUCGCCCUCGCUCUGCGUCGUCGAGACGGUCGACACGGCCGACGACAGCUCCCCCGACUUUGACUCGGACGACCGGGAGGACGGCGCCUGUCCGCAGGCCCACCCCGCGAGGGCGGCGGACCCAAAGCUCGUGCUCCAGCAGUCGGAUGUGGCGGCGGACGCGUGGCUCAAGCGCAGCGAUGGCGACGGCUCCUUCUUCACGCUCGAGCUCCUCCCGUCGGACAAGCGCUGGUGCACCAGUUGCUCCAUCCUCCUCGCCGCCGCCUCGCCCGAGGCCGCGAGCACCUUCACCCUCACCGCCGUCGUGGGUGGCGUCAGCCCGGCGGGCGGAGGGGGGCAUGGCGGCGGCGGCGGCGGCGGCGGGGUGGGGGGCGGCGGCAGCGCCGUUGGGGCCGUCUUCACCUGGUUGUUGGUGAUCGGCGUCAUCGCCGGCGGCGGCUACGUCGGCCGCAAGCGGUACGUGCGCGGCCAGCCGCUCGUGCCCGGUUUUGUGAAGAACUUCCAGGCCCCGUCGAUGGACUCGCUGCGUGGGAUGCUGCCCGCGUCGCUGCCCUCUCUGCGCUCGUCCAGAAGCCGCGCGCAGGUCAGCGUCGGCGCCGGCGCCGGCGCCGGCGGCCCCGGCGCCAUCGACCGGGCGCGCUCGGCGCUCAACCGGCGCACGCGCGGCACGCGGCUCGCCGACCAGGAGCUGCGCUCCUACGACGCGCCGCUCGCGCCCGGGGACGGCUUCAACCCCGUGCCUUCGCCGCUGCACGGCGGCGCCCCGCCGGCCGGCGGCAGUUACGUAGCGCCCGUGUUGGCGCCCGCCGGCGGCAUCGCUCCCGCUGACGAGGAGCCGACCGUGACACCUCUCACGAGCGUCGCGGCAGCGCAGGCAGCUGCCGCGGCGAGGGUGUGAAGCCCCAUACCGCCCGUCCUUACUACGGGACGUGCUGGCUGCGAUCUCUGCUCUCUGGUGCUCUCUCGCAUCGCUUUCGAACUGCGGCUUGUUCCCUCGCCGCACACACUAGUGUCCGGCCCAGCCGAGAAAUGUACCUGCGAGAGGUCGUGUGUGUCUGUGUUUUGCCAUGUGACUGAGGAGGGAAAUUAAGAUUCGCUUCCACACACGCUCGUAGUC